AAAAGGAUCAAUAAUCCCAAUUAAAAUUUUUUAUAUAGUAUAGAAUUACAAUUAUCAAUAAGUAUUUAAUCAAAAUAAUCUAAAUCAACACUUUCAAUAUUAUUGUUAAGUUGUUGAAUUUACAAUAUUACGUACCUCUCUUCAUUCAUUUAACUUAUCUUUAAAAUCGAGGUUUAAUUUUUAACAUUUUAGUGUGAAUCAAUAGCACUUUACUAUAAUUUGAAGACCUUUUUUUUUAACUGCACCCCUGACAGUUUGUACAUCACCCAACUCAACCCUGUCGAGACCAUCCCUUCAUAACAUAACUUAUAAUAAUAUACAUCUCGCAUUAAUUUCAAAAAUAUUGAAUUAGCAUUUAGAAUUAGCAUCAAAAAGAAAAUAGAUCUCUGUUUUCAAUUUACUUUGUAAUCCAUGAAAUUUGGUAACAAUCUACAACAUCUAUCUAUUCCUGAGUGGAGAUGUUAUAACAUCGAUUACAAUGAUUUGAAGUACCAAAUAAGAACAAUUACUCAAUCCAAACUGAAGGAUUUAAAACCUCUACAACAAUCAUUUAUUGAAAAUUUCGAUUAUAUAAAUUUAUUUGUUCAAACAAAGUAUGGUGAACUUACAAGAAAAUUUAACUAUUUCGAACUUUAUUUUGAUCAACUAGUUAAUGCUGCUAUAGACAUUAAUGAUAAAUCUAAACAAAGAUCUAUCCUCAUUGAAAUUGAUGAAAUAUUUUAUCAGAUUAUUGAAAUUUCUCAAAUCCUUAAGAAUUUAUCCAAAUUCAUCUUAAUUCAAAAAAUCGCUGCUAAAAAGAUCUUUAAAAAAUUCUUAAAGUACUACAAAGAUGAUGGUGAAAAUUCAGAAGAAGGCAACACCAGUCAAACUGCUUUAAAAUUUAUUAUAAAUCUUAAGAAUUAUCUUUUAUUAAACAAGAAUUCCUUUAUUAAUUUUGAUUCAAGUGAUUUAACUUUGAAAUUAACAAAUAUCAUUCAAUCCAUUAAAUUAGAACAAAAACGUUAUUUUAAUCUCAUUAAUAAUGUGUCAAUUCCAACUCUUACAUCAUCGAACGUGCCGAGAAAGAAUUCUUUUUAUUCUAAUACAUCCAUCUCCGAACAUUCACAAUAUCAAAAUUCAAUCCUUCCUAGAAAUAAUAGUGUUUAUACGCUCGCUGGUUCUACCACGUUGUCUUCAUCGGGUGGUACAUCUCCACCUCCAACAUCAAGUUCAGCCACGCAUCAUCCAAGUCAUCCUCAUUAUCAUAUUCAACAAGAUCCUCCAACAAAUGAAUCUAAUUUUGAUCUUGGAGUCUGUGUUAAAAAGAAUUUUAAAUUGAAUGCACUUUUACCUGAUGAUUCUAAUACUCUCAGUGAAAUUUUAUUAAAUUUAAAUAUUUAUUUGAAUUUUAAACAUUAUGAUAAUAAUUCUCCUAUCCUUCCUACAUCUCAACUUUCUUUUAUCUUUUUAAAUAAUAUUAAAUCGGUUGAAGAAGAACCAUCAUAUAUUAUUUCUCAAAAGGAUGAAGCUUUCUCAAUUAUUGUGGGAUAUGUUGGAGGUUUAAGAAAAUAUAGUUAUUGUAUUUUACCUAAUGAUAUUGUUCAAUUAUUUAUUGAUCAUUUGAAUGAUCGUUCAAAUGAAGAUGUUAAAUUAAGAUUAUAUGAUUAUUUUAAAUCAAAUAAAGUAAGUCCCUUAACAAGAAAGACAUUUGAUGCUAUAUUAGCUAAUGAUUUAAAACCUAAUUUAAGAUUAAUUUUACAAAGAAGAAGAUAUAUUUUGAAACAAACUGAAGAAGAGGAAGAUGCUGAUGAAGAUAAUCAAUUAAAUAUUGAGAGACCAAUUAUUGAUGAACAAGAUGAACAACAAGUUGAUGAACCUCAACCUGAACAACAAAAGGUUAAACAUAAAUAUCAAGAUGAUUAUUUAAUUACUUUAGAUAAUGAUAUUUAUACUACUAAUAAUCCAAAGUAUAUUUCUAAAAUUAAUUUAUUAGAUGAUGAACAUUUAAAUGAAAUUGAUAUUGAAAAUAAUUGGGAUAAAUUUCCUCAUAAUCAUUUAUGUCUCUUCUCAAAUGAUUCAAACUUGAGUAAUUUUGAAAAUUCAUUAAUUUCUGUGGUUGAUACUAAAGAUGGUUUAUUAACUAAUACUUAUUCUACUCCUUUAUUAAGGAAGUUACCACCAAAGUUACAAAGUUUAAUCAGUAAUAAUAAUUCCCUUAAUCUUUUCAAGAAUUUGGAAUUUUAUCAAUAUAUGAAUUCAUGUUAUAAUAAUGUUAUUCCUCAAGGUCCAUAUAUAAAUAAUCAUUAUAAUUAUUUAUUAAAUUUGAAUUUAUUAAAAAAUUUUGAAAGUAUUGAAAAUUUCAAUAAUCAGAUGAAUUCUGAAAAUUCAUUAAUUAAAGCAAAAUCUAAUAAAAUCUUGAGACAUCAAUUAUCUUUAAAAUCAUUAGCAAAAUUCAAUCCAGAUUCUUACAAGAUUGCCCCUCAUGCUCCUGAUUUUUAUUUGAAGGCUAAUCAAUCACACUUUCAACAAAUUAAUUCUAGUCCUCAAAAUAUUAGAGGUCUGAUUCAACAAAGUGAUUCAUUUGGUAGUAAUAGUUCAAGUAAAUCUAUCUUUACUAAGAAUAAAGAUGAUAAACAAGGGAGAGAAGAUGUUGAAAUUGAUGAAGAAGAUGAUGGUGUACUUAAUAUGAAUGUUAGUCAUCAAGAUAUUCUUCAUUUCAGACGUAAUAGUGAUGAUCCUGAAGAAGUUCGCCAAGAACAGUUGAUUGAUAAUUUAGAUGAAAAUGAAUAUUCUAUAUACUUGAAAUUACAAAAUGAUCAACAAGAAGUUAAUCCCUUUAUGAUUGGUUUCUUAAAUUUUAGGAAGAAAUUCUUUUCUCAUUUAAAAUCAUUUAUGUUAAUGGAACCUUAUAAGAGACCAAGUUCAAUUUUACCUCAAUAUAAAUCUCCAAGAGAUCAAAUGAAGAAGUAUUAUAAUCUGGAUUAUGAUUCAAAUUAUGAGACUUCACGCUUAAUUAGACCAGUAUCCUCAUCUGAAAUUGAUUAUGCUCAUCAUUACUCAAGUUCUGGAGGAGUUCAUAAUUAUGAUUCAAUUAAUGAAGAACCUCCUUCAUUCUUGAGUCGUAAUAAAUUCAUGAAUAUUCAAUAUCAAUAUGAAUUAGAUUACGAUCAAACAUUAUCCUACAUUUACUUUUCAUUAAAUUUAAUGUCCAUCUUUUUAAGUGGUAUUGAAUUAGGUAUUAUUUAUAGUAUUUUUAUUAUAAAUCAUACUGAACCUUCUCAAGGUACAUCACCACCACAAUUUUUAUUUGUUAAUAAUUUGUGGUUAGUUUUAAUUUUAAUUUUGGGAUUAUUAUUAUCAUUAAUGUUUAGUAUGAUAAGUAUUAACUUGAUUUUUCAAAGAUAUCAUCAAGCCCCAUUAUAUCAUACAUUUAUUGCCUGGAUUGGCUUUUCCAUUGUUUGUGUUUGUUGUAUUUGGUCUUCUAUCCUACUUUUACAAGGAUUUUAAUGAUUUUAAUUUACAAUUCAUUGUUUAGUAUUGCUAUGCUAAUAGUAUAAUACUCAUAUCACGCCAUAAAUAGACGGUACCAUAUUUGCAUUUUUUUAAGAGAUGUAUGUUUCAAGAAUGAACAUAAUCUCAUUUACGACUACUUAAUUCCUUUAAUGUUGCAUUCUCCUAACCUUUGAUUUUUACAUAAUAAUUAAUCUACGCAUUUCUCAUUUCUCAUUUCUCAUUUCUUUUCUUUUCUUUAGUUUUAGUUCAUUUCUUUAGUUCAAUUCUAGGUAAUACAUGACACUUUAUGUUUUAACUUUAUUGCCCACAUCUUGGCAAAUGUAAGGCGAUGCCCUCCACUUAUUGGAUAGCGCACACUUGCACUAACGAGAACAUUCUAUCCCCUCUUCUAGACGCAGGACAAGUUUGAAGGGAAAAAAAAAGAAACCAAGGUAUUAGAUACAUUGGCUUUUGUAAAUAUUUACAGAAUCAAAU